UUGGAUGUUCCAGAGAGGGAGGAGGAGGAGGAGGUGAGAAGAAGAAGAAGAAGAAGAAGAAGAAGAAGAAGAAGAAGAGGAGGAGGAGCAGCCCCAGCAGCAGCAGCAGCAACCAAAUUUCUCAAAGAUGAGUCUUUUCGGCCUCGGAAACAGGAAUCAGAAGACAUUUCGGCCUAAAAAGAAUGCUCCAUCUGGAAAUAAGGGUGCACAACUCAAAAGACACAUUGAUGCUACUCUGGGGAGUGGGAACCUAAGGGAGGCUGUUCGGUUGCCGCCUGGAGAAGACAUCAAUGAAUGGCUUGCUGUCAAUACUGUUGACUUCUUCAAUCAAGUAAAUAUAUUGUACGGCACUCUUGCUGAAUUUUGUACUCCAACCAGCUGCCCAACAAUGUCAGCAGGACCAAAGUUUGAGUACAGGUGGGCUGAUGGAGUUCAAAUCAGAAAGCCAAUUGAGGUUUCUGCACCAAAAUAUGUUGAUUAUUUGAUGGACUGGAUUGAAGCACAGCUAGAUAAUGAAUCCAUAUUUCCCCAAAGGCUUGGAGUACCAUUUCCUCCCAACUUCCGUGAGGUUGUAAAAACAAUUUUUAAGCGUCUCUUUCGGGUAUAUGCUCAUAUAUAUCAUUCACAUUUCCAAAGAAUCGUGAGUCUCAAGGAAGAAGCUCAUCUCAACACCUGCUUCAAGCACUUCACCUUAUUCACAUGUGAAUUUCACCUGAUUGAUGAGGGAGAGCUCGCCCCUCUGCGAGAUCUAAUUGAAUCCAUUAUCCAAGCACAUUGAGAAUAUAAAUAACCUGAAGUCAUUUCUUCUUUUCUCUUCUUCCUCGGAUCGGAUAGUAAUUCUUCUUCACGUGGAUGAUUUUGUGGUGAGGGGAAAAAAAAUUUCUCCUCUUCUCUUCUUCCUGGAAUA